AUGAGCGCUAUUCGAAGAAAAUAUGCUUCGAAUCUUGUGUUUCUUUUAGUCAAGAGGUGAGUAGCCGUAUUGAAUACCUGUAAGUAAAAUCUUUUGCCUUGCAGCUGUAGAUCUGUAGUUUACCUGUCCUGAUCGCUUAUUAGUUGUAUUUAUAAGCGUUUCUGCAUCGUCUUUUUGUUUGUUGAAAUUGACACAUUGCGAUGAGAAUUUUAUCUGCUGCUCUUUAAAACAUGGCCUCUGUUUUGGCGCGAAAAUGUACUAGCUUCUUGCGCUAAAGUGUAGAUAUUUUUCAAAAACUGCAUUCAGAAAGUACUGUCACUUGAUAUUACAGUUUACUUUGGUUUUGCAUUCCUUUUGGGUCUGUUUUGGUCCCUGUCUUCGCGUAACAACUAGGUUGUAGGUUGUAAAUAUUAAUAAUAGCACUAAAAUAUAUAUAUUUUUAAGAAAAUAAUAAUUGUCUUAGUCCGUAUUGUCCGUAUAUCGAUAAAGUAGUAUAAAGUUCACAAUAAUUUUAUUGUUGAACAAAAUUUAAAAUUUAGUUAGCUGUUUAAAUUCAAAAAUUAGUUAAGCAUUUAAAGCCACUUUAUAGAGUCUUUAUAGUAAUUUCAUUUUAAACCUAGUCUAAUAUUUCUGGCUCAAAUUUUUAGUUAAUAAAUUUGUAAAUAAGUGAAAUAGUAUAAUUGUAUAUAAAUUUUUAAAUAAAAUAAACUAGAGAGUAUAAAAUGGAAGACAUACCUUGCACGUCAAAGGAUGCAGACCAAGCAACACAGUAUGCUCAUGCAGAAAAGAGAACACAACAUGGUAAACAGUUAUAUGGAGGAAAAAACUGCUGCGUCCCCCAGUGCACCAAUAACAACUUAAGAAACCCCGAACUGUCAUUUUACAAGAUACCGAAAGACUCUACACUGAAGAAGAAAUGGGAGAAACUUUUGCAAACAAAAGGUCUUCUUAAUAUCGGCCCACAUUAUAGAGUUUGUUCUGUUCACUUCUCUGGGGGAAAGAAAACAUACACAACCAAUGUACCCACAAUAUUUGUUCCUAAAAUCACUCGCACACCAAGAAAGAAGCCAAACAGACAGCAGAUUGUUUUGGAGGUUACCACAUCAGACAUGUAG